AUGAAGUCGUUCAGUUUAAUUUUUGUAGGAAUUGUGAUACUAAAUAUCAGUUUGGCUUUCGCUCAACCACCACAGUUCUCAAAUCCAAUGGAAAGAAUGAACAAUCCACAAAAUGAUCAUCCAAUGAAUAAUCCACAAAAUGAUCAUGCAAUGAAUCCAAUGAAUAGAUUCAAUAUGAAUCAACAAUCUGAAGUUCAACAAUUCGGUGGAAAUAACGCUAAUCAGCAAGCGAAAGUUCAACAAUAUGGAGGCAAUAAUGCAAAUCAGCAGAAUCAAGUCCAACAAUACAGACCAUCAAAUCCUUUCCCAUACUAUGGUAGAAGAUCCAAUUUUAAUUCACAGUCUGAAGUUCAGCAAUAUGGAAAUGGAAAUGCUAAUCAACAAACUAAAGUUCAACAAGUUGCAGGACAUAGAAGAUCUAAUGUUAAUCAACAGACAAAAGUGCAACAAUUAGGAGGAAAUAAUGCUAAUCAACAAUCACAAGUUCAGCAGGUUCAAGGAAGAAGAAACAAUGUAAAUAGUCAAUCCUAUAUUAUGCAGUAUGGCACAGGCAAUGCAAAUUCUCAAGGAAGUGUUCAACAAACUAAUCAAGGCAGAAGAUUUUUUGGAAUGCCAAAUCCAUUCGGGUCACAAAAUGAAGGCGCUCCACAAGUCCAAGGUCCUUUAGGUCAGCAACAAGGUAAUCAACGUCAACAUUUCCAAUAA